GUUCGGCCCGAAUCUGAGCCACAUCACUGCAGCCUCAUUCAAGCAGCCUCUGCUUAUUGAUGGGAGGAGCGGCGUGACUUCCCUACUUCUUCCCCCCACUAUGUACUUUUUUUUUAAACAUCCCUGCUUACGUUUUGGUAGGCAUACCCUAAUUUCCGCAUUCCCAAAUCCUCCCAGAUUGGGAUCCCGUUAAAAAACAAAUCGGGCUGAUGCAACGAUUUCCACUUUUCAGGAUUUACUCUCGACCCUCGGCUGAGCAGAAAAAAGGACAUUUGUUGCACCUGGGAUCAAAGUCAGCGGUGAUAAAGGUCGAGUCUGACGUGAUGCCAGGACAAAUUCCAGAUCCGUCUGUAACAGCAGGUUCCCUGCCCAGCUUGGGCCCGCUGGCCGGGAUCUCUGCCACAACGCUGACUGACAAGCUCAAAAUCGGUGACUUCCAGGAGUUUGGGACAAUGUUGUCACCCCUCCACUUCCUUGACAGUCUGGGAAAGAGGCCGUUAGUCAUUAAAACGGAGAAAGAUGAAGAAGAAGAGAGGAGAAAGCGAAGGCGAGAGAAGAACAAAGUGGCUGCUGCUCGAUGUCGGAACAAAAAAAAAGAAAGGACAGAUUAUCUUCAAAAGGAGUCGGAAAGAUUGGAGAUGUUAAACUCUGACCUUAAAGCUCAGAUUGAGGAGCUGAAGAAUGAGCGACAGCAGCUGAUCCUCAUGCUCAACCGUCAUCGGCCCACAUGUAUUGUCAGGACAGACAGUGUUAAAACCCCGGAGAACGAGGUGAAUCCCCUGCUGCAGCAGCUGGAGGCAAAGUGAAGGCACAGACUCUUCUUACACUUAAAGGAGUUGUAGAAAACUGUUAGCACUUAGGUUUGGGGCUUCGAGAUCAAAAAAGGCGGUCCUGACACACGAGGAGUCACAGGGCUAUUCUUAGCUUUCUCCUGUUGGUCAUCAGAACCUAAAACAAAACAAAAAAAAAUGUCACAAGUUUAGUUAAAAAAACUACGUUCCAAGCAGUUUUUAGCUUUUCCAUGCUGUUCCUACUUAAAUUCCUACCUAAAGGGGCAUGACCUUUAUAGAAAACCUUUUAAAAAUGUUCAGCUACAAGGAAAAGCUGACCUAAAAGCAAGUGGAUAAGUCCUGAGAUCAGAUCCGUCAACUGAAAUGACUAUUUUGCCAAUGAAUAACAUUUGAUUUACAGGCUGUUUUAAGUUUACACAUGGCCAUGUUGAAUAUAACUUGAACAAAUCAGUUGUCAUGUUGUAAAUAAAAUUUGUUCGUUUCUUGUUUGGUCACCAAAAAUCUUGUUUUACUACAAUUAAUCCCAAAAUAAAUAAAUAAAUAAAGAUCGUAAAAUUUUACUUUAAGUAGAAAAAGAAGAAACAGGACAUCCAAAAAACUACUAGAAAGAGGUUAUCAUUGCAUAUUGAUGAUAUGAAAUGUCAUACACGUAUGAAAACAACUAUUUACCAGUUUUUCUAAAGGAUAAUGUUGCACCUACAAAGACAGAAGUUUACUUUAUCACACAAAUUGCCUCCUGACCUUUCCUUCUUACAUUUGUUGGUCCAGCAGCAGAACCUGUUUGUUCUCUAUUUGAUUGUUUUGGCGCAGGCGUCAUUUAUGCACAUAUAUAUUUGGAGUGUUUACAUUGUACCUUUUUUUCUGAUACAAUAUUGUUACAACCAAUUAUGUUUUUUAUACUUUUGUAUAUGAUGUUAUAUAAGCAUAUAAGCUAUCCAAAAAGUUCAAUAUUAUAUUUUCUGAAUAAAUUACUGUUUAGUUUUUACAGCA